AUGAAUGGGCUAAUCCCACCCUCACCGCACCUUGCUGCUCAUGUUGCAUUGAGCAUUGACCGAAGAGUCAUGCAGGUUAAACUGAGAACUAUUCCAAACAGAGCAAAGCAUAUGCAUGCAGAUUCCGUGAACAUGGAAAGGCCCAACCAACCAAACAAACCACCGUACCACAGCACAUUACUUUUGCACAUAGGAAAGAAAGAGAUUGAAGGGGUUAAGGUUAGGAUGGAAGAGGGGUUCCAUGUCCUGUCCCAUGCAUUGUCGUUGGAUGUUGGACACACCCUGCAACAUGUGGGUGUCGUGUCAUGUGGAAACAAGCAUAACCCUUUUUUGCCUUCUAAUGAGUUUCUCUUGUGA